AUGUCCGGGAGCGAGACACUACCGCUUUUCAAUCCCACGGCCAGCGACCCGACCGGCACCAACAUGGCUCCCAACACCAAGAAAAACGUCGCUGAGUGCAUCUCUGACGAUGCUCUUGUCCAUCUCAAGACGUACAAGUACUCCAGCGUCGAUCUGUCGCCCGUGUCGAAAUACAUUCUCGGCCCCUUUUGGAACGCCUCCGUGAACCUCCUCCCACUAUGGAUCGCUCCCAACAUGGUCACCCUCUUGGGUUUCUGCUUCAUUCUGGGAAAUGUCGCGCUGGCCCAGAUUUUCAUGCCAGACUUGGUUGGACCGGGUCCCUCAUGGAUUUACUUCAGCUUCGCCUUCGGUCUCUUCAUGUACCAGACUAUGGAUAACCUUGAUGGAAAACAGGCGCGACGAACAGGAACCUCGAGCGGUCUCGGCGAGCUCUUCGACCACGGAAUCGAUUCCCUCAACUGCACCCUCGCCAGUCUGCUCGAGACUGCCGCCAUGGGUCUGGGCACUUCGCCAGCUGGCAUCUUCACCGCGCUGUGCCCCUGUCUCCCCAUGUUCUUCUCGACCUGGGAGACGUACCACACGCACACCCUGUACCUCGGCGUCAUCAACGGUCCCACCGAGGGUAUCCUCAUCGCUUGCGCCAUCAUGGUCAUGUCUGGUAUCUGGGGCCCUCAGAUCUGGACUCAGCCUCUGCGACUCGGUCUGAACGGCAGCCUCCCCGGCCUGGCUGACCUUUUGGGCGAGACUACCUUCCGAGACAUCUGGAUUGGUCUCAUCGUCAGCUCGCUCGUCUUCACUCAGAUUCCUUUCUGCGUCCUCAAUGUCGUCAAGGCCCGCCGAGCCAACGGCCUCCCCGUCCUGUCCGUCUUCCUCGAGUGGAUUCCCAUGGCCGUCUACACCAUCUCGAUUGCGGUCUGGGUCUUUUCUCCUUACAGCACCCUCAUGAAGAACAACCACCUCGUCCUCUUCUGCUUCACCAUGGCGUUCGUCUUUGGCCGCCUCACCACCAAGAUGAUCCUCGCCCACCUGACGCGCCAGCCCUUUCCCUACUGGACCGUUAUGUUGUACCCUCUCGUCGGCGGUGCGAUCGUCGGAAACCUUCCCCGAAUUGGACUUCCCCAAAUUAGCGCCGAGCUGGAACUCUACUACCUGUGGGCCUACCUUGCCUUUUCCAUGGUCGUCUAUUUCCGCUGGGCCUGGCUCGUGGUGACGAGUAUCUGCAACUACCUGGGCAUCAACGCUCUCACCAUCCCCAAGGAGAAGCAGAUUGCCAACAAGCUUGCCCGCGAUGCCACCAAGCUGCAUUAGACGAGAACGGCGCAGUGAGAUGGAGUAGCGCAUAUAUCAAGACAUAUCCAGCAUCAACUUAUAGAUUCAACAUAUCUUACCCCGGGAGAUGAGCAAUGAUGAAGGCAUCGGCAUCACGGUACAGAGGAGGAAAAGCAUGACGGGCGUCUGGUGUUUUUUACUUGUUUCUCGCAUUCAUUCUGGCGCCAGGAUACAUGAGGCCCUGCACAGCGCCACGGCUAUCACGAUAUAUCCAUUGUAAUAGAUUUCAACGAAACCCAUGUGGUGUUGGGGGAACAAGGCCUGUUUGGAUAUGCAGGCGUCUGCGCAUUAGACGCAGUCCAAGUAAAUAACAUGACUACAAUUGAGUCGACAAUUAUAUUUACGUUGGAGGGUUCAACACUCACAACUUUAAGUCAAUGCGGUCUGUCGAAACAGCA